GUACGAUACGCCUACAAGCCCCAUGAUGCCUCAGCGCCAAGUGUGCUCUCGACACCUGAUUGUCAACAGAAUAGCAAUGUCUGCCGUUAGCAGGGAAGAAAGGCUCGCAAAGAUGGAGAACGAAGAGAAAACUUCUUCUGUAUCUAACAGUGGAGGUGGUGAAGGAUCACUGGACCGGCUUCUGCCCUCGGUAAGCACAGGCCUUUCACCCAGGAAAAGGACCACUAGUCAGUGCAAGUCUGAGCCUCCUCUCCUACGUACCUCCAAACGAACCAUCUACACCGCUGGCCGUCCCCCUUGGUACAACGAACAUGGAACACAGUCCAAAGACGCCUUCGUCAUUGGUCUGUGUGGCGGCAGCGCUUCAGGAAAGACAACCGUAGCCAGGAAAAUAAUUGAAGCUCUAGAUGUUCCCUGGGUCGUACUACUGUCAAUGGACUCUUUUUACAAGGUCCUGUCCCCUGAACAGCAGACAUUGGCUGCUAGUAACGACUACAACUUUGACCACCCUGAUGCCUUUGACUUUGAUUUGCUGACACACACUGUGCGCAAACUCAAACAGGGCAAGAGUGUGAAAAUCCCUGUGUAUGACUUCACAACUCAUGGGAGGCAGAAGGAGUGGAAAACAGUAUAUGGAGCCAGUGUUAUCAUCUUUGAGGGAAUCAUGUCCUUCGCAGAUAAAAAGCUGUUGCAGUUGCUGGACAUGAAGAUUUUUGUGGACACGGAUUCUGACAUAAGGCUGGUGCGUCGGCUGAGGAGAGAUAUUACAGAAAGAGGAAGGGACAUUGAAGGCGUCAUCAAGCAGUACAACAAGUUUGUCAAGCCAGCUUUUGAGCAGUACAUUGAACCCACCAUGCGCCUGGCUGAUAUCGUGGUGCCACGUGGUGGUGGCAACAUGGUUGCCAUCGACUUGAUCGUGCAGCAUGUCCACAGUCAGCUGGAGGAGAGGAAACUUCGCUGGGAUAUGGCAGCCCUGGCUUCUGCACACCAGGCCCAACCCCUCCCCCAGACGCUCAGUGUUCUGGAGAGCACACCCCAGGUCAGGGGCAUGCACACCAUCAUCAGAAACAAGGAAACCAGCCGAGACGAGUUCAUCUUCUACUCGAAGAGGUUGAUGCGUCUGUUGAUCGAGCGAGCGCUCUCGUUCCUCCCCUCACAGGUCCACAUAGUCCAGACCCCCCAGGGAGAGGAUUAUGAAGGCAAGACUUUCCACGGGAAGAGGAUCACAGGUGUGUCCAUCCUGCGAGCCGGGGAGACUAUGGAGCCUGCUCUGAGGGCUGUCUGCAAGGACGUCCGCAUUGGCAAGAUCCUCAUUCAGACCAACCAGGACACAGGAGAACCAGAGCUUCAUUACUUGCGUCUACCAAAAGACAUCGGUGAAGAUCAUGUGAUUUUGAUGGACUGCACAGUGUCCACUGGAGCAGCUGCUAUGAUGGCUGUACGAGUCUUACUGGACCAUGAUGUUCAGGAGGACAAGAUCCUGCUGGUGUCUUUGCUAAUGGCAGAAAUGGGAGUCCAUUCAGUGGCCUACGCGUUCCCACAGGUCAAAAUCAUCACCACAGCCGUCGACAAGAAGGUCAACGAUCUCUUUCACAUCAUACCCGGCAUAGGAAACUUUGGAGAUCGAUACUUCGGAACAGACGCACCCCCUGACUGGAGCGAUGACGAGAUAGAUGAGCCCAGUUACUAAUUAAAUUAUUAGUAGUGCGCUAACUUAUUGGGUGAUUCAGGGCUGUGCCCCUCGGAGGACAAUAUGAGGACAUUAUUCGCCUCCAUUGGGGCUUAACGUGCAUCCUCCAAGGGCCAACAAGGUGCCCUUCAAAAUAAAAUGAAAACAGAACAAAACAUUGCAAAUGUACAGUCAUCUAGAUGAACUUUUAAUUUAUAUUAUUUUAUCUAAUGUAAAUGCUGUUGUGAUAUGUUGUGUUAUGAAGUCUGAAAUAUUUUUUAUAUGUACAAUAUGUUAUUACUGUAAUCCAAAUAUUUUAUUUUAGCGUUUAAAUUCUGACAAUCUCUGUAAUGAAAUUUGCAGGCAUGUUGUUUUGAAUACAUAUAUUUCGCCUUAAUCCGCGAACUGUGGACGACACAACUGAAUGUGAAUGUGAAAGAAAAAAAAUAUGAAGCUUUUAAGGUUAUUUUUUACCACAUACCUUCCUCACAACUUUCACAAAAAGUUAAACCAGAACAUGAACUCGAGUUGCUCAACUUCUAUCGCCAUGAGCACUUUCUGAAGGACCAUUCAGUCGGAAAAUGUGUAGGUGUAUCUGACUUUCUUUUUUUUUUUCUUUCUUUUUUUUCUUUUUUUUGACCUAACGGGUGUCGAAAACCGUUUUUCAUUAUACAGCUAGAAGUAUGCACUUGUGGUGUAUAUUUAUGCAGCACGUCCUGCAUUUACAUAUUUGGAUAUGGAUAGACCUACCCAGUCAGCGGGCAAGUCAUACAUCUUUUUACCGCCAUGAAAAUGGGUCAUCUGCAUUUAACAAACACAGAUUAAGUGUUUAUUUCAGUCUCGUGCAACCUGAUUUAUGUCUCUGUUUUACAUGCGGUGGAUGGGAUUGUUUUUUGUUGUUUUUUUUGUUUUUUGUUUUUUUUAAAGGUCUGUUGAAUUGUAGAUGCAUAUGAACUUAAAACCUUUACGAAAGGUUCACAAAGUGCUGUCAGUGCCUGAUCUUUUUACUUGGUAUUGAUAUGAAAUAAGAUCUGGUGCCUAUUUAAUAUUGCCUUGUUCUUUUGAAAGGAUAUGUUGACAGUUUGCCAGAUGUCCAGGUCGCACUCCACAAUCUUUAUCCAUAUGGUUACUUGAACAAAUGCAAUGAGGCAUCAGGAGUGUUAGCAGCAUAUGACGUUCAUUUUAUUAUGCCUUCUCUUGGGUUACAGUAGUAUCCUGUUCUCUUUAAGUUCACAAUUUGUCAGACUUAGUUAUUUAUUUUGACAUUUCUACAAAAUAAAGGGAAAAAAAAAACAUGAAAUGAGACGAGACGUGAUGAAAAUGUAACUGCAGGCUUGUAGUCACAUGAGCACUGUUGCUGCUGUUGACUAACCAUUACUUUUCCAAUCAGUCACCUGCCACUGUACAGUAUGUGCUUACUGCUGAAUACAAAUGUUCGUCAUUCUGUACUGAAAAUCCAUUGACUGUGUUUGCAGCCUUAGUGUUUGACUUUGUGCUGUUUUUGUGUUUACCACUUCUGCUGCAUGAGUUUUUAUACAUUUAUAUGUAUAUAUAAAAAAUAUUUAAUAAAAGUGCAAUAGAGGUUUUAGAUUGCUCACAGUG